AAGCAACAUGCUUGAUUAGUUUGGCUUCACAACGAAGCUGAAGUCAACCAUGCGAGCCAUCGCAGUGACGUGGCUCCCAUGGUGCAUCAGGGCAUCAACCAAUCAGCUCACGGAUGAUGAGCUGUUAUUCCACUGGGAUUGUGCAAGCCGCUGCGCUGCCAUGACCGACGCGGAUCGGGUGGCAAUUGGCUCCAUUUACAGGUCUGCCAAUUGUGACGUCGGCGGCCCUGGGGCGCACCCGGUCUGUGCUUCAUCCCCAGAGCAGCUUUGCGCUGGAAUUUGCGGUGGCAAAGCACAAGAUAUGGCAGCCAUGCUGCGUGAUUCUUUUGCUCCUGGCACAGCGAAUGCACGCGAGGAUGAAUUUUCCGAAGCGUUGGAGGAGCAUCACAAUUGCGCCUCUCGCUGUGCAUCAGAAGGUGUUGCUGUGUCGGUCAAGAGUGCCGGUGCAGCCGGGCAAGCUUUGGAGACAUUGCAACGCUGUGGGGUCGUACAGCUGCUGGACGGCUAUGACCCGGACAGCCUGGAUCGAUUUGACAAGGCCUUCGACCUGUUGAAGUCCAAAGAAAAGGCUUACAAGAAGUUGCUGGACAGGAAGCAGUUACAUGAUGGUCGUUUCCAGGUGUACCUACCUUAUACAAAGCCUUUCUCCUCACGGCAGACCUUGGGUGUGAGCGACCUGGUUCUGGAGAUCUUGACAACGUACUUUGAGGGCAGUGGCAAUGGGUUUGGAAUUGACCAUGCCACAGUGCUGACCUCAGCAACAGGCAGUGGAAAUCAGAGCUUGCACCCGGACGUCCACUACUUUAAAGGCUUAUCAGUGUCAGUGCACACGGCGCUUCGUGAUGUGCCCCUCAAGAUGGGGCCAACUUUUUUUUGCCCGUGCACUGGGGAGGCUUUGAGCCGAGAGGAGUGGCCGGUGAGCGCAGCCAUCAAGAUGACUGUGCUGAAGCGGAAAGAUUGAGCUGCCCUCGUUUCUUUUUGGCCAUGUGGUUCACAGUCAGUCACACCUUAGUCAACUGGGUGGGACUGUCCAUGCUUUGAGAAUGUACUUGGAGCAGCCCAGGUCUAGCAAGCAGCUUGGCUCCAAAGUUGACUAAGCGAGGUACUGUCACCAUCUAUGACGGGGCUAUGUUUCACAAGG